AUGCAGGGGGCGGCUCCCUCUGUACAACUACAGCAGUCUACAUUCCAACAGGCGUCAGGAGGAUUUCCAGCGAACGCUAACAACAUGAACAUUACCCAUGGCGCAGCUGGUCCUGUAGGCUUCAAUACUAGUCCUGUCCCGGCCUCUAGCACUACGUUUACCCCGGUCAAUGCUGGAGCCGGUUUCGCAGGACUCAGCGCCACAAGCACAAGUGUUGCCGGUGCAGGUGCGUCGCACUUGGUGGAUAUAAAUGGAGCUGGGGCUACAAAUUUUGCAGGAGUUGUACAUCAGGCAGGAGCGAGCUCCUCACCAUCACCACAUGAGGGAACCGUCUACUUUGCGUCUCCUAGUGGGGCCCAAGAAGACGAUGAAUGGGGCGACUUUGGAGAGGAAAAUGUCGUGGCCACUGGCCAGCUCGUUGAAGUCAAGACCGGCGCUGCUGUUUGGGACGCCUUCGCGGACCUGCAACCCCAGGAUUCCGCCACAGCACCUCCGAAACAACCUCCGAC